AUGAAUCCGGGUGUUUGCUCUAUUGUUCAGGCAGAGCUUUGGGGAAUUGAAAAUGGGCUGCAUGUUGCUUUGACUAGAGGGUUUGAUAGUGUUAUAGUGGAACCUGAUUCUGAGUUGGCAAUUCGGUUUUUGGAUAAAGGGUGUCAUCAUGCUCACCCCUGUGCUCCCCUGGUUAGGGAAAUAAAGGCUUGUUUGGACAGGUUUGAGCACUUCUUUUGGAGGCAUGUGUACCGGGAGGCAAAUUCGGUGGCUAAUGCCUUUGCUAAGAAUGGAAGAUCCUUGCUGCUGCCUAUGAGGAUCUAUGAUUCUGCUCCGUCGUUUUGUUUAAUUCCUUUGAUUUUUGAUUUGUGUAAUACCCUCUAUAGGAGGGCUUAG